CACAACCUCACAAGUCACAUCAUAGUCGCAGAGGCAGAGAGAACGAUAGAAGUCUCAGCUCAGUCUUCUCCAAUUUAGGGUUUCGGAUCUUAACCCAAUCUUUGACGUAUCGAAACCCUAAAUUUAAGAUCAGGUCUGAGAAAUCUGGUUGAUAGGACGUUCUGUCUUGGAGACUCAAGUUUUAUGUCGGAAUUAGACGCGCAGAUUCCUACUACCUUCGAUCCUUUUGCUGAGGCAAAUGCUGACGACUCGGGUGCUGGGUCAAAGGAGUAUGUGCAUAUUCGCAUACAGCAGCGGAAUGGUAGGAAGAGCCUGACAACCGUUCAGGGAUUGAAGAAAGAAUUCAGCUAUAACAAGAUACUUAAAGACCUUAAGAAAGAAUUCUGUUGCAAUGGUACAGUUGUUCAGGACCCAGAACUAGGACAGGUUAUUCAACUUCAAGGUGAUCAGCGGAAGAAUGUUUCUACUUUCCUAGUCCAGGCUGGUAUAGUGAAGAAGGAGCAUAUCAAGAUUCAUGGUUUCUGAGCGGCUGGAAACUCAAUUAUCAAGUCUUACCUGCCUUACUCUGAGUUAGGCAUAGAUGUUUUGAGUUUUAUGUGAUUGUGGUAUUUUUCUAGUGUUUUCUGGUGUUCUAUCUACCAUGUGAUUGUGGGAUUAUGGAUUUUAUAACGUGUAAUGUUUGCUUUAAAGACAUAUAUGAAAACAGUUUGAUGGAGUUCUAUGCAAUUUGUUGAGA